AUGCAUUUUUCUAAUGAAGACGAUCCGUUGGCAUCGUCGACUUUCCGGCGCUCCCAGCGCAAAAUGGCAUCGCAAAUAGAAAAGUUGGAGCGAGAAAGCGUGGCAAAAAAGUCCUGGACACUUCUUGGGGAGGCAAGUUCCAAGCAAAGGAGCCAAAACUCGCUUCUUGAAAAUUUUGUUGAAUAUGAAUCCAACGCCAAGGUUACUCAAGAAGUCACCGAUUCGAUUGAACAGAUUGUUAGAAAGAGGAUUAUGGAUUGCGUUUGGGACGACCCAUCGCCACCGUCCUUUGUCAACCACGUUCCAAGGCCCAAACAAGACCUUCCUGAGGUUUCGACCGAAAAGUCUACAGCGUCCUUGUCCAAGCUUUAUGAAAAUGAUUAUCUGGAAAAGAAGGAAAGCCAAAGGCCGCUGUCCACUUCAAAAAUUACUCCGGAAAUCGCAUCUCUAUGGGACCAAGUAUCGCAAGCGUUGGACACACUUUCUGGAUUCCAAUUUGCCUCUGCCAUGGAUUCCGUGCACUCAAUAUCAUCGCAAGCACAACUACCGUCUUUUUCGACAAAUGAAAUUGAAAAGGGAGCCGCAAUUCACGCUGCCUCAUUGGCUGUAAGCGGCGCGUCGUCACAUACGCCAGAAGAAAUAAAAAGGCCCUUGCGUACUCCUUUGAAAUCUGAGCUUGAGCGAGACAGUUCUAAAACCGAGCACCAGCGGGCCAAACGGCUGCGGAAGAUCAAAGGAUCUAAAAGGCCACAUGCCUCCUCUUCUCUGCUCAAUACGCUCUCCAAGCAAAAGGUACCAAUUUUUUCGUGA